AUGUUGUUAGGAAAUGCUGCAGGAACGGGCAGCGUGUGCGGCAUGUGUUGCAGGCCGAUCAACGAUCGAUUCCUGCUAAGAAUCAUGGAUGUGUCCUAUCACGAACACUGCGUCCAGUGUUGCGCGUGUGGAGACCAUCUUCUUCACACGUGUUUCGUUAGAGACUCCAAAUUAUAUUGCAGAUUAGACUAUGACAGAUUGUUCGUGAAAAAAUGCCUGGGUUGUUCGGAACGCGUAUCUCCUGAAGAACUUGUAAUGAGAGCCAGCGAAAAUAUUUUCCAUUUGAGAUGCUUCGUAUGCGUGGUAUGCGGCAUAAGAUUGCAAAAGGGCGAUUUGUAUGUCAUCAAGCAAGGCCAACUCUUCUGUCGGGCGGAUUACGAGAAAGAAGUAGAAAUGAUGCAAGGAUUUGGAUAUGGAGAAUUUAUUUGCGAUGAACUAAUGCCUUCUAGCAGAUCACAUGAUGGUAGAAGGGGACCCAAACGACCAAGGACCAUUUUAACCACACAGCAAAGAAGAGCCUUCAAGGCUUCCUUCGAAGUUAGCCCGAAGCCUUGUAGGAAAGUUAGAGAAAAUUUAGCCAAAGAUACUGGAUUGAGUGUCAGGAUAGUUCAAGUGUGGUUUCAAAAUCAAAGAGCAAAAAUGAAAAAAAUCCAGAAAAAGGCUAAACAGGAGAAUAAAGGGGGCAAAGAUUCAGAGAAUGAAGAAAAGAAAUUGACGGUUAAAGAAGAAGAACAAAGUCCACGGUCGACGCCAUUUUUUAACGACAGUUGUAGUGAUAACGAGGGAACGACUGACGAAGCCAUCCUCCAAAGUUCGACGAACAAUAACUUUAUACAUAUAAAAGAAGAACUGGAAAACGAAGGACCUUUUUUUAAGAGCAAUAGCAACAUGCCCCUUCAUGUGUUUACAGGUUUGGACAUCAAUAAGCGAAGAGAGGACUACAUGGGCAUGGCGUUUCCUGGAAACGCUGAUUCAGAGCAACAACCCAUCUUCAUGCAACCACCCAUGGCCCAUCAAAACCUUCCACACAACGGGACCGGCCUCAAUCCUAUAGACAGGCUGUACUCCAUGCAAAAUUCGUAUUUUUGUGGGGAAGAACCGAUGGAACCCUAA